AUGUUUAUAGAGCGAAAAAUGGUACUCGAUGAUUGGAUUAAAGCCACAAGCAUUGCGGUCAUGAUACCCGACCGUAUCAUUGAGCCAAUUGAUACCACAAAAUGGCCUAUUGAUUAUUCGGAUCCUCGAUCAAUUUACUUAUAUUCUAUAUUAUCAGCAGCAUAUGCAACUGGAGUGAUUAGUACCAACGAAACGAUCCCUGGUGAUGUUCUUAUUAUUGGACUUGGCGGUGGUUCAUCUAAUAAUUAUUUUCGACAUGCUACAGAAAAUAUCAACGUUACAGUGGUUGAGAUCGACAAAUUCAUCGUAAAUCUUGCUAAAAAAUAUUUUGGUUUAAUUGAGGACGAUAGGCAAAGGUGUAUAGUUGAAGAUGGUGCAAAAUUUAUAAAAAAAUGUUCCGAAACAGGUCAGAAAUUCGAUCUAAUUAUUUUGGAUGCUUCCACAUCAGAUAAACAUCAAAUAAUGUGCCCGUGUGAACCUUUUAUGGAUCCUUCGGUAUUUUUAUAUCAAAUUUCUUAUCAAUUGGAAAAGACGCCAUAA